AUGUCUCGCCUCGUUUUCUUCUUCUUUGUGCUGUUAGUGGCCGCUGCUAUGGCUGCCAGGCCUGUCAAGGACUCCACAGUGGCGAAUGACAAGAGUGUCAACGCGGUAGCGUCCGCGAGUGCUGUGGCCGGUGGAAAAACUGAGGUGAGAUUCACUUGGGGUGGAGUGAGAUACUUGUUUUUAACGCUUGAUUUCUUCCGUAGAAGCUCACCGCGUCGCCGCGCGAUCAUCCGGAUCAUCAGCAGCAGGACCACGUCGACUACAUCUACGAUUUCAAUCCCUGAUGGCGAAAGAUCGAUCCGCGAAGAAACACAGCCUCCAAAGCCCAGCGGCGGUGGCUACUGUUCUUCCCCUUUCGCAGCGAAUUUAAUUCGCGAGAGACCCUGGGCGGUGUUCGCGCGGCGUCUUAUCUUGAUCUGGUUGGUUGCGCGAUCCAGAAACCAAGGUGGCAUUUUUCUUUUUUACUGUUUUGGGCGACUAAGUUUCGCGCACAAUACGUUUCAAAAGAUUCUCUCUUCUCUUUUACGCAAAUGCUACCAAAGGUCUUCAAUGGAGAGAAGCUUUUGCAUCCAGCAAAUCCAGGACUGCUCCACCAUCGCCACCGCGCUGCGAAUCCACCAGCGCAUCAAACCGCUGCUCGGACACGAUGCAUUCCUCCACGACAAGCUCAUCGAGAUGUACGCGAGGCUGGGGAGCCUCGAGCGCGCGAGGGAGGUUCUCGACUCCAUGGAAAACCCAUCCUCUUUUUCCUACUACCACCUUCUCUCCGGGUACUGCAAGAGCGGCGAGAUCAACAGCGCCCAGAAGCUCUUUGAUCAAAUCCAAGGGAAGAAUCUCAUACUGUGGACGACUAUGCUCGUCGCAUACGUGAAGAGUGGCUCUCUCGCACACGCUAAGCGAGUUCUGGACGAAAUCCCGCAAAGAGAUCUGGUUCUUUGGACAUCCAUGCUUACUGCAUAUGCCCAAGAAGGGCAUCUAGAGGAGUCAAGGCAUAUCUUUCUAUCGAUGCCCGAGCAUAAUCUAGUAACUUGGAAUGCGUUUCUUACGUGCUACUGCAUUUUAGAUCUUGUUAGCGAAGCUCAAAUUCUCGUAUUUCAAAUGCCCGAGAGAAACAUCAUCACUUGGAACUUGAUGCUAUCAGUAUAUGCCGGAACUGGGGAUCUCUCUAAUGCCGAGAGAAUCUUCUUCCAAAUGCCCGAAUGGAGCUUGGUAUCGUGGACAACUCUUUUCGAAUCAUACAUACGAGCGAAGAAGCUCAGCAAAGCCCGGGAGUUGUUUGAAAAGAUGCCUGCCAGGGAUAUUCUCUCGGUGACUUUAAUGAUAAAGGCCUAUUCCCAGUCUGGGCAUCUUGAUGAGGCCAAGAAUCUCCUCCUUGAGAUGCCCUGUUGGGAUCUCGUCUGCUGGAAUUCACUCUUUGCAGCAUAUGCUCAAUCUGGUCUUGUAAAAAAUGUUACCGAUCUUUUCCAAAAGAUUCCCUGUAAAGACAGAGUCUCCUACUCUUGCUUGCUGGCCGCCUAUACAAACAGCUACCUCUUUGAAGAAUCCGAGAGAAUCUUUCACAGCAUGCCGGAGCACGAUUCCAUCUCAUGGACUGCAAUGCUCCCAGUAUAUUCCCACAGUGGGAAUCUCCAUGCAGCGAUGGAGAACAUUCUCCAAAACCCAAACCUCCUAGACGUUGUGUUGUGGACAGCAUUGCUGGGAGAAUAUGCUCGAGCCGGGCAUCUCGAUGUAGCCAAGUGGAUAUUCCAUAAGAUGCAAUGCCGGAAUCUUGUGUCCUGGAAUGCGAUGAUUGUGGCAUAUGCCCAAGCCGGGCAUCUUGUUGAUGCUAAGAAUCUUUUGGAUACCUCCCCCGAGCGCGAUACCAUGUCGUGGAAUGUGCUAUUGGCUGGCUACUGCCAAAACGGACGGCUCGAUGAGGCCCUCCAGCUCUUCCAUUCGAUGAAGACCGUCGAUUUCCCCGACGAGAUCUCCUUCGUCCCGGCGAUUCUUGGGAGCCGACUGUAUGACGCGCGGUGCCUGUUCGUGUCGAUGAGCUUAGAUUUCGAUCGAUCGCCGACGCACCAGCACUUCUCAUGCAUGAUCGAUGCUCUCGGGCGCGCCGGGCGCCUGGAAUCCGCGAGGGAGCUCGCGGAAACGAUGCCAUUCGAGGCGCAAGCGGUGAAUUGGGUGUGUGUUCUUGGAGCUUGCCGCGAUCACGACGAUCUGAAAGCUAGCUCUUACGCCGCGCGGCGUGUUCUUGAGCUUGAUCCAAAGAAUGGCGCUGUCUAUGUGCUGCUGGCAAGCACGGCAAGAGAUCCGGGAAGGAUAUUUCACAGUGGGAUUGGUAGAAACCUAGCGAGGAGAUCGAGAGAAAGCACUGCCGCCUAG